AUUAACACAUAAGUUUCAAACCCCCGAUAAACCCUUGAUCCCCCAAGUUCUCACCCCUCCUCUCUCUAAGCUUCAAUGGCUCCCUCUUCUACCUCCCUCUCACCAUAUUGAACUCCAAACCACCCACACCUAACCAACCAUACCCACUCGCAGAUUACCCACAAAUGGUUUUUCUCAGAACCCUCCGUUCUCGCCAUUUCCACACACUCCUAAACCCCCCAAACCCUCCUCCUUCCCAAUACUUCAAAAACCCUACAACCCAAUUCUUCCACAGACCCAUUUCGCUUUCCGCACAAUUCAAAUCCGAAUCGAUCAGCAAUCAACAGACAAAGAAGCCCUUGCACGUUCUGUUCAAGGAAGCCGUUGGAUUAUCCAAAAAAAUCGAACCCAUUGAAGCCUAGAACGAACCCGAAACCAAUGAAUUGAAGAAGAGAUUGAGAAAAUUGGAGGAAGAAGUGAGGAGGUUGAAAGAGAAUAGUAGUGAGAAAGUAAGAGUAGAGAAAUUGAAGAAAAAGAAGAUUGAGAAUGAUGAGUCUAGUUCUAAGAGCUUGUACGCCUUGUUUGCGAAUAAAGGAGGUGAUAGUGAGAAAUCUAGGGUUGUGGAGUCUUUGAGGAUGGAGGAUCAAAUGGUGUACAAAGAGCUUUCGCUCGAAUUGGCUCUAUUUGUGAAGCAUUUGUACAAAGAAGGCUACUUUGUUAAUGCUAAUUUCUUGCCCAAUAACAAGUUUGAUAUUACUUGUUUUGAGAACAGUUAUGGCCGUGAUUUUAUUAGGUAUGCCGCAGAGAAGUUUGGCAAGGAUAACCAAGAAAUUGUAAAAUGGUUGUCAGCCAGUGACUUGAAAAAGGUGGCCCUCUUUGGAUGUCCUUCGCUCGGAAGGAAAAAUGUCUUUUCUGCUAAAAGCUUGCGCAAUUUUUUCAGAAUUCAAGAAGACACCGUAUGCAGUAAAUGCGUCUUGAAAUCAUCAUGCAAGUUUGUGAAUCAGAGUGUAUGGAAAGGCAAUAACAACAAUUUGAAUUUGGCUGUUGUAAUGAGGGUCAUACUUUUGUACGCCAUGGAAUCUGUUCCUCCACAGUUGGUAGUGCCUGACGAGAUAAAGGCUUCUGUUAGUGUAUUGCUGAAGGAGUAUUGUCAGUAUUCUGGUGCACAAAUCUGGGAGAUGAAGUGUGAUGAUCAAAUUUCUACGUUGUUAAUAACUCAUGCGGAGAACGAUGCAAAAGAUUGUUGCGAGUUACAUUACAUCUAUGAAUGA